AUGAGAAAGGUGGGACGAUGCUUGAAGUGGCGGAGCUUGUGGAACAAUGCGGAACUGAGUUCUGCUGGGAAGUUGGGGGAGGAGGAGGAAGAGGCAGCUGCGGUUGUAGGUCAAGGUGCUGCUGCAGGCGGUGAAGCAACUGCUGGAGCUGGAGGAGGAGGUGCCAGAGCUGCUGCUGGUGCUGCUGUUGCUGCGGUUGUUGCUGCUGCUGCUGCUGCUGCUGCUGCUGCUGCUGCUGCUGCUACUGCUGCUGCUGCUGCUGUUGCUGCUGUUGCUGCUGCGGAGGAGGAGGAGGAGGAGGAGGAGGAGGAGGAGGAGGAGGAGGAGGAGGAGGAGGAGGAGGAGGAGGAGGAGGAGGAGGUAGCGAGAAGGGUUGACUCGGGGCAUGGGAGGUGGGCAGGGGGCGGACGAGGGGAGGGGGACAGCGAGCGGGGAAGGAGGGCGUGCAACGAGUGCGCGGACGGGGAGAGUGUGGACGACCGGAGCGCGGACGAGCAGGGCGUGCAGACGAACAGGGCGCGCGGACGGCUAGGGUGCGGAUAA